AUGGCGGAAAAGAUUGACCAUGUGGAUAACGUUCACGAUGAACGCGACGAGAAGCACGUGGAGACCAGAGUGGUCACUGGCGAUGAAGCCUUCAACGAGGCGAUGCUAAAGGAACCGCCGUCUCCUUGGACGAGAGGCCAGAUUAUGAUCUAUCUCUUCUCCUUGGUGGCCUUCUUCAACAGUACUACCAAUGGCUAUGACGGCUCCCUCAUUAACAACCUGCUUCAGAACCCGUGGUUCAUCGACAAGUACAAUGGCUCCAAUAGCGGCAUCUGGGCUGGCAUCGUCUCGUCCAUGUACCAGAUUGGCAACAUUGUAGCCAUUCCGUUCCUGGGGCCGGUUUGCGACUCCUUUGGCCGCAGGGCUGGCAUGGCUAGCGGCGCGGCUCUCAUCAUCGUGGGCACAAUUAUCCAAGGUACUAGUAAUGCUGCUGGUCAAUUCAUGGGAGGUCGCUUCCUUCUUGGAUUCGGUGUAUCUCUAGUAGCGACUGGCGGUCCCAUGUAUGUAGUUGAAGUGAACCAUCCCGCUUAUCGAGGUGUCGUCGGCGCAAUGUACAACACUCUCUGGUUCUCAGGCUCUAUCCUCUCAUCAGGAGCGGCUCGCGGCGCCGCAAACGUCGGAGGCGACUACUCAUGGCGUCUCAUCACUUGGCUUCAGAUACUCUUCCCUUCCCUGGUCCUCAUCUUCUCCUUCCUCCUUCCCGAAUCCCCCCGAUGGCUAUACGUCCACAACAAAAAGGAAAAAGCCAAAGCCAUGCUCAUCAAAUACCACGGCAACGGCAACGAGAACUCCGCCUGGGUGCACCUCCAACUCCGCGAGUACGAACAAUUCCUCGACAUGGACGGCGCCGACAAGCGCUGGUGGGACUACCGCGUCCUCGUCAAAAAGGGAAACUUUUACCGUCUCGGCUGCAACCUGAUUGUGUCGUCGUUUUCGCAGCUCGCCGGCAAUGCUGUCCUGUCGUACUUUCUGGGCUCUGUACUCGACUCCGCCGGGUAUACGUCGUACCUGGCCCAGGCGAACAUUACCCUCAUCAAUAAUUGCGUGCAAUUUGUGUGCGCUAUUUGCGGUGCGUUGCUGGUGGACAGGGUUGGGAGACGGCCGUUGCUGCUUUUUGCGUUUUCUGCGUGCACGGUUGUGUGGUUGGGCAUGACGAUUGCGACGUCGCAGUUUUCGGCGUCGUAUGUGGGCAAAGAUGCGAGCGGUUCGGAUGUUUAUACGAAUGGGGCGGCUAGUAAGGCUGCUUUGGCGAUGAUUUUCUUGUUUGGCGCUGCGUUUUCGAUUGGUAUCACGCCGUUGCAAGGGUUGUAUAUUGUGGAGGUUUUGAGUUUUGAGAUGAGAGCCAAGGGUAUGGCCAUGUCUAAUCUUGCGGUCAAUCUUGCUGGUUUGCUCAACCAGUAUGCCUGGUCUGUCUCUAUGAAGAACAUUGGGUGGAAGACGUACAUCAUCUUUACAGUUUGGGAUGCGAUUUCGGUUGUCAUCAUUUACUUUACUCUGCCUGAAACAAAGGGUAGAACGCUCGAGGAGUUGGAUCAUAUAUUUGCUGCAAAGAACCCUGUCAAGGCAUCUAUCUCAAAGAAGGAGCUUUUGGUGAACCGGGAUGGCGAUGUGGUAGAGGUCAAAGAGGCAUAA